AUCAUAAGCCCAGGACUAUCUGUAUUAAACUUUUUAAGUACUUUGUUGUAUCAAACAGAAACCAGCAUUUAUUGCAAAUCAGUUGGGUUCUGAAUCAACAACAUGGCAUCAUCUAAAUAUUCAACUGCAAGAAUAUUAAUAUGGCGCCACUCUUGUUACAUUUUGCUAUAACACUUGACAACUGACCUGGAAUUUGACAAAUUAAUGAAGUUUUUGUCCUGUUGUCUAUAAAACCGUUACACUGGAAGAGAACAGGUCUGUUUGACCACCUGUCUUUUGUUCCAAGGCAAAAUUCUUUACCUACUAUCUAAUUGUUCAAUACAAUUGUUACAGUAGUUUAAAUUCUUGGUUCUUCUAACCCAGGCAUGCAGGCAACAUCCAUUUGGCUGUCUCUGUCUAGCUUAUGGUGGUGGUGGUAGGGGAAAAGUAGUGGCAAUGAGAGAGCAGUGGUGGCUGGGCAUGGUUGAGGGGCAGCAGGAGGCAGCAGCCCUCCACAACAGUCCCAGUUUCUCAUGUGGCCCCUUGGGAAAAUUAAUUGCCUAUUCCUCAUCUAACCACACUUUGACUUAAUGUCAAAUAUAAUUUUUUGAAGAACUUUGGUAGACAUGAAAUAAAAUCUGGUAGAAGAAUUAAAACAACAACUGAAACAUAAUGCAGUAUGAUGAAAUGCAAGUGCAUCAUAAAGGUAUUUAUUUCCUCUUUAGAAAGUUUUAAAGGAAAAUAUAAUUAAUUAUUGUUUCUAUUAUCGAAAGACAAUGUUAUUUAGGUCACUUGCUCCUAAGUACUGGAAUUUUUACAACACUUAAAAGAUUUUUUAAUUUUUUGGGCAUCUGGCUAUUGUAUUUCCUUUUACCUUUAAUCUUUUAAAUAACAUAUAGUCAUAGUUGUUUCAUAUACAUUAAAAAGAUUUCAAUUUAUUGAUCAUUCUUCUAUCUCAUUCAUAAACUAUGACUAAAUUUGAAUGUUUACUCUGUAUCAAUUCACUGUGACCCAACAUGAAAUCAUUCAUCUAAGGAAAUUAUUUGAACUUCCCUAAUUACUUUCACCUGAAAAGUCUAAAGCAAUUCAUGUUAAAUUGCACUUCUGCUAACACACACACAACCACACACCAGCCUUGGUUUGCCAUGCCUGUUUGUUGACUGUAUAUUCAAAUCAACUUUGAAAUCAACUUUAUUUGCAAGCCUUGUAGCCUUCCAUGAGACGGUGCCAAAUAAUCAGCUGUGAUCUGUGUCAAAAUACAGCGGCCCUCUCCCUUUCUCCAUCAGAUUUUCCUAGCUGGUGGUGGGAAAGAAAAAGGUUAAACCCGCGAAACUUGGCCAAACGAAUGAAUGGCAAGAGAGAGAGAGAGAGCGAAAUGAAGGGAGGGACUGACAGGCUGGAAAGAAGGGAGGGGAGGGAGGGAAGAUCGUAGGCUGCGGGUGAGGCUUUGAAAGUCAGCCUCGCAGGCAUUGCAGCAGAGCCCCGAAUCAGGGAGAAAGGAGGGAGGACAUUUACACACAGAGACGCAGAUACCCUGUGGAGAGGGUGAGGGCAGCUUCCUGAAAGGGCAUUGUGUAGUUGCGCGAGUGCAGAUAUGCUUCUGUGCGCUUUCGUCUCGGCGUCGGAGGCGGUGGCUUCAUGAGUUGCUUCGUGGAGCGGCGGCCCCUUUCUCCUCCUCUUCCCUUCCAUUAAGCCGCCACUCGUCGGAGCUCCCCACGCUAGAAUUAACCGCCUUGAGUUCGCGUCCGCUUGUCACGGGUGGCCUUUGGAGCAAGGGAAGGUGCGCGCGGGUGCGCGCGCUCAGAGCCCUCUGACGGGCUGCGGACAGGCGGGCCGGCGCUUGCUCCAGACAGGGCUGCUGCCGCUGCUUCCCGAGGACGGCAAUGGUAGUCGCGGAAACGGCCGGCGGGAACGCCACGAACCUCAUUUUGGGAGGAAUCAAGUGUUUGUAAUAUGAUGAAAGAAGAUGGAAAACUAUAUUGUCGACCCCUAAAAAUAUUUCUAACCUGACACCAUAUUUAAAUAGUCCCUUGGCAUCAUAAAUGGUGUAUAUCAAAACAGAGGAAAAUGGAACGCUGUGUCUUCUACAAAUACUUAAUGGAAAGACCUGCAAAAGAUUAUUGCAUCUGUUUUGCAUCAAAUUUGGAAAAAAUGUAUACAUUUUUGUUGAACUAAAUUUCAGUUCACAUAUAAUACCCUAGAUCCUAAGUAGAAUAAAAAAGAGUUUUUUUGGAUACUUGUAUUGAACAUGACUCAUGGAGAAGAUCUUGUCUCUGAGAUGCACCAGGAUUCCAUUGUUCUAACUUACUUAGAGGGAUUACUAAUGCAUCAGACAGCCGGAGGUUCGGGUUCUGUGGUUGACAAAAAGCCUACUAGUAAUGCUGAAGAUCAAAAUUUCAGCGUUUCUGGAAAUGCAUCUCCCAGCUGUCAGAGAGAUGGUGUUCCUAACACACAUACAUAUAGAAGUUCUGGCAUGUUGCAUCAUAAAAAGGCCAGAUUGCUACAGUCUUCUGAAGACUGGAAUGCUGAAAACAAAGGGCGAUUAUCUGAUUCUCUUGUAGAUAUAAAUGAGAAAAAAGAAGUGUUGUUGGCUGGCAUGGUAGAAAAUGUGCCUAAAAGCAAGCAAGAUAGCACAUUGCUGGCUUCCUUACUACAGUCAUUUAGCUCUAGGUUGCAGAGUGUUGCUUUGUCACAACAAAUUAGGCAGAGCCUUAAAGAGCAAGGAUAUUCGCUCAGCAAUGAUUCCUCACAGGUAGAGAAAGACUUGAAGUGCUACGGUGUUGCAUCCAGUCACUUGAAGACUUUGCUGAAGAAAAACAAAUUGAAAGAUGAAAAACUGGAGACUGGUCUGCCAGAGCUGACAACAAACCUAGUUCAAGAUCGGUUUAAAGAAUCUACACAUUCAGGACAGAGUGGUUCAAAAGUGAUGAAUGAAUCACUUUCUUGUGCUGCAAGAUUACAAGCUGUUGCAAGCAUGGUGGAAAAAAGAUCUAGUCCUGCUGCAUCCCCUAAGCCAAGUGUUGCCUGCAGCCAACUUGCUUUGCUUCUUUCAAGUGAAGCACACUUGCAGCAGUAUUCCAGGGAGCAUGCUCUAAAAGCACAAAAUGCCAAUCAAAUUGCAAGUGAGAGACUUUCUGCUAUGGCAAGAUUAAAAGAAACUGUUCCUCCAAAAGAUGUUGGUCAUUUUAAACUAUCAAAAGGAAUGGAAAGCCAUUUGAAUGGUCAGGCAAGAUGUUCAAACAAAACAAUAGCCAAUAAAAGCAAUAUCACAAAUUUUCAAAGUCAUAUGGGCAUAACUCAUUCAUCUCCAAAAAUUAUAAACUACAAAACAUCAGAAAAAAGUCAUAUGAAGCCACCUACCAACAGUAGUUUACUUUUGCACCUCCUGAAAAAUCAUAGUACUACAAAGCAGACCAAACGGUAUGAACAAAAUGACAGGUCCAGUAUUUUUGAGGAAAGCAGUACACCAACUACUGUUGAUGAAUACUCUGACAACAACCCAAGUUUUACAGAAGAUGAUAGUAGUGAUGAUGAGAGUUCCCAUUCAAAUUGUCUUCCUAUAGAUUUGUCUUUCAAACAAAAAAAUACUCAAGAUUCAGGGGAGACAGCUUCUCUAGACAAUUUAACUCAAUCCUUGUUUCAUAGUUGGGAAUCAAAAGUCCCAUGUCUGGAAAACAUAGAAGAAAAGGAUGCUUCUAAAAAUACAAAAUUGAAUCCACAUCAAAAAGUAACUUUACUGCAAUUGCUACUUGGUCAUAAGGAAGAAGAAAAAUCACCCAAAGUUAGAGAAACUGAAGGAACAUUAGUUCCAGCUGAUGUGGCGAAAUUUAAUUUUUCAGUGAGUAACAGAACUCCUAUUACUGAGUCCUCUAAUACUAAUCGAAUAAUUCCAGUACAUACUCCUCCUUUGCAAACUUCUACAAAAGCAGAUUCACCUAUCAACCUUUCACACAAUUCUCCUUUAAUGAAAUGUAAUUCACCACCAUAUACUUGCAUCAUACAGCCCGAGAGACUAACUAAUCCAGCUUCUAAACAAUUGAUAGAUCUUACUAUUCAUAAAGAACUUCAUGGAAGUAAACAGAAUAAAAAAGAAACUUUACAGACACCUUCAUCUUUCAGUGCAAGUAAACUAUUGCAAAACUUAGCUCAAUGUGGGAUGCAGUCUUCCAUGUCAGUGGAUAACCAAAGACAAGCAGGCAAACAAGUGAUGACUCUUAAAACUGAGAAACCAGUAGGAUUGAUAGGUGGACUAAAUACUUCCCUGCUUCAUAACACAUCAUGUACACUUGAAAAAAACAGAAUGCUCACUAAUCAGUUUCUCCCAGGAGAACAAAAACUUCCCAGUUCAGAAAUCCAAAAUCUGCUAGAACGGCGCACUGUGCUCCAGUUACUUCUGGGAACCUCCAACAAAAAGAAUGAAACAAAGGAAAAAAUAUUUUUAAAAGAAGAGAGUUUAAAAGAUCCAACAGAAAAAGUUUUGAAUGAACAAAUACUGACUGUAAAAAUAAAAGCUGAGCCUUCUGAGGAAGAAUCCAGUGCCCUUCAGAAUUCAAAUGCUCAACAAAUAAUGGAAAAUGUUAAUAAGAAAUUUCCAGAAAUGACUCAUUCUUUAGAGAGAAAUAUGGCUAUUUCUCCAGCAUCAGAAGAAUUUCAGUCCCAGUCUCUUACAUCUCAAGACUUUUCCUUUUCGAAGAAUGGACUUCUAAGUCGAUUGCUGAGACAGAGUCAAGAUGGCUGCUCUGCAGAUAUUCUGGACAGGAGAAACCAUGAACAGAGUUUUGUGGAAUCAAAAAGUCACAAUAUGCUGCCCAAAAAGAGAAAAUUGCAUUCUGAUUCUUUAGAAGGUCCUUUAAAAAUAUUAAAAAGUAAUAAAUGUAGAAUAUCUGAUGUCACAAACAAUCACAAGUCUACUGCAGAUUCUUUGUAUGGUAAUUGUCUUAACCAAAAAGAAUCUCAGUUCAUCAAAAGUGAUUUUGAAAUAAAAUUUUCAGGUUAUGGGUCAAUAAACGAAAGUGAAAACAGAAGUUGGUCUAGAGAAAGUAAAGGAUUUAAUGUGUUAAAACAACUGCUUCUGUCAGAAAAUUGUGAAAAAGAUAUAUCUCAGCAUAGAAAUAAUUUAUUAGUAACAGAUGGCAAAAAGAAAGGAAGCAAACAUAACCUAACAAAUAAUGAGAAGGCUGAAUUCAAUGUUUCUCCUGUGCAUACUCUCAUAGGGAACCCUGGGCAACCAAGCAAUUGCUUGGACUACCAGACAUUUCAAUAUUCAGUUGCUAUGAAGAGUCCUGCCAGUUCUCCCUUCACUGAACAUUUGGGAGGCACAGUAUCAUCAAAGCCAGAAUGUGACCAGUUUAGCAUUUGUCAUAUACCUGAAAGAGGACCUCUAAAAUGGGUCAUCACUGAUUCUGACAAAAAUGAUCUUGAGAGAGACUCCCCAAGAUUGACCCAAACUAAUCCAAUGUAUUAUAUGUUACAAAAGGGUGGAAACCCUAUUAUUCAGGAAACCCAUAGCAAAGAUGCUUGGAGAGAUAAAUCAUUUAUAGAAAAUUCAUCUGUCACAAUGAAGAAAGAGUUGUCUCCUGUCACAGAAUGUAAAACAUUUCCUAAUAGAAGAAAUGCAUACAGCAGCCAUUCAAAUAAUAGGGUGUCCAUUCAACACAACGGAGAAGUAUAUGGACUCUUAGAAAAGGUAUUAACAAUAAAAAAAGAACCUGAGUAGGUUAAAAUCUUACAAAGUGUUUACAAUCAGGUUUGAAUCUUUUCUUUGAAUAAAAUAAUGUAAAUCUAGCAUGAUUUGAGAAGAGCAUGGUAUAGCUAUGGUUUUAUUUGAUGAAUUUUUUUUGCUGAUAUUUAAAUGCAUACAGCUUUUGUUCUUUAUUUUUGCUUUACUGGAAAUUUAUCACAAUACAUGUCAACAGACUUGUUAAUUAUAUAAAUGUCCAUGAGUAAUUUGCAGCUGGAUUGUACUCAGUGAGUAACUGCUAUUACUGUCCUUGCACAUAACUAUGUGCUUAUGUAAACCCAUAAUAUUUUCCUUACAUGUUUCAAAACCAUGAAGGUGAUAAAUCACAGACAUUGAUUAUCACAAAAAUCAAAAAGCUUUAUGUGAUUUGUACACAUGGCAAACAAAAGAAAUAGUGAGCAGAUUUAUUUACAUAUACCUGGACGAGUGUAGGAAUAACUAUAGAGACAAAAACAACUGUAGUAAGAUGUAAAACAGGAUCAUUUGGAGAUACUGGUGUUACUCAUGUAAUGCAGUGCAAAAUUAUAUAUUUUCUCUUCUCUCACAACUGGGCUACUACCAUCCUGUAUUGUCUGCUCAUUUAUAAAAUGUGAAGAAUAUUUUUUUAUAUAUAAAUGGAUCAUCAUCCAGGCCAAGUCAUUUAUUUGUUGUUUUUAAUACUUAUCAGUGUUAACUAGAGAAUUGUACACAAUGAAAUUUCUAGUGCUUCCAAAUGGCUUGUAAUUUGUUUUUGCAUAAUUGGACAGAACCACAAGAAACACUGUCUUUUGUUUAGUUGCCUUUCCUAGACACUCAGCUGAAAUAAAUUAAAAUCUAGGUUGUGACUUUAAAAAAAUAAUGAAGCUGAAUCAUAAAUUACUGGAAGUAAAAGAUACAUUUCUUUCACUACUUUUAAUUGUUUAUUUAUUUACAUUUAUUCAAAUUUUCCAGGGAAAUUAACAUAUGAAUAACGUUGAAAGAUUCCAGACUCAUGCUUUAAAAAAAAAAAAAUUGUGUUAGUCAAUCUAUCAUUGUGAUCUAUUUUUCAUGAAUUCAUAUACAUAAAAGAUUUAUAUAGCUAAGAUGAAAGAUGUAUAAAUUACCAAAUGAUCAAAACCAGUUCAUGAUCAUUUUUAAACUUUUUCUAUCCUAGCAGUAAGAAAGGAAUUGUAAAUUGGAAGAGCUGAAUUAUUUUAAUAUUUAAAUAUCUUAAAAUAAAUAAACUCUAAAUUUAAAUGUAGAACUGGAAAAUAU